CCCUGAAUCGGCCUCCCAAACACAAAGUCCAGGGUUGGAGCAGGAGCAGGAGAGGGACAAUGGAAGCUGCCCCGUCCAGGUUCAUGUUCCUCCUAUUUCUCCUCACGUGUGAGCUGGCUGCAGAAGUUGCUGCAGAAGUUGAGAAAUCCUCAGAUGGUCCUGGUGCUGCCCAGGAACCCACGUGGCUCGCAGAUGUCCCAGCUGCCAUGGAAUUCAUUGCUGCCACUGAGGUGGCUGUCAUAGGCUUCUUCCAGGAUUUAGAAAUACCAGCACUGCCCAUACUCCAUAGCAUGGUGCAAAAAUUCCCAGGCGUGUCAUUUGGGAUCAGCACUGAUUCUGAGGUUCUGACACACUACAACAUCACUGGGAACACCAUCUGCCUUUUUCGCCUGGUAGACAAUGAACAACUGAAUUUAGAGGACGAAGACAUUGAAAGCAUUGAUGCCACCAAAUUGAGCCGUUUCAUUGAGAUCAACAGCCUCCACAUGGUGACAGAGUACAACCCUGUGACUGUGAUUGGGCUAUUCAACAGCGUAAUUCAGAUUCAUCUCCUCCUGAUAAUGAACAAGGCCUCCCCAGAGUAUGAAGAGAACAUGCACAGAUACCAGAAGGCAGCCAAGCUAUUCCAGGGGAAGAUUCUCUUUAUUCUGGUGGACAGUGGUAUGAAAGAAAAUGGGAAGGUGAUAUCAUUUUUCAAACUAAAGGAGUCUCAACUGCCAGCUUUGGCAAUUUACCGGACUCUAGAUGACGAGUGGGAUACGCUGCCCACAGCAGAAGUUUCCGUAGAGCAUGUGCAAAACUUUUGUGAUGGAUUCCUAAGUGGAAAAUUGUUGAAAGAAAAUCAUGAAUCAGAAGGAAAGACUCCAAAGGUGGAACUCUGACUUCUCCUUGGAACUACAUAUGACCAAGUAUCUACUUUAUGCAAAGUAAAAAGGCACAACUCAAAUCUCAGAGACACUAAACAACAGGAUCACCAGGCCUGCCAACCACACACAUGCGCUCGCACACAUGCGCGCACGCGUGCACACACACGCGCGCACGCACACACACACACAGAGCUUCAUUUCCUGUCUUAAAAUCUCAUUUUCUCUUCUUCCUUCUUUUACAUUUCAUAUCCUCACUCCCUAUCCAAUUUCCUUCUUAUUGUGCAUUCAUACUCUGUAAGCCCAUCUGUAACACACCUAGAUCAAGGCUUUAAGAGACUCACUGUGAUGCCUCUAUGAAAGAGAGGCAUUCCUAGAGAAAGAUUGUUCCAAUUUGUCAUUUAAUAUCAAGUUUGUAUACUGCACAUGACUUACACACAACAUAGUUCCUGCUCUUUUAAGGUUAUCUAAGGGUUGAAACUCUACCUUCUUUCAUAAGCACAUGUCCGUCUCUGACUCAGGAUCAAAAACCAAAGGAUGGUUUUAAACACCUUUCUGAAAUUGUCUUUUUGCCAGAAGUUAAAGGCUGUCUCCAAGUCCCUGAACUCAGCAGAAACAGACCAUGUGAAAACUCCAUGCUUGGUUAGCAUCUCCAACUCCCCAUGUAAAUCAACAACCUGCAUAAUAAAUAAAAGGCAAUCAUGUUAUAGGAGAAGGCUGGCAUCUCUUUGCAGGCCAAACCUUUUGUAAAUACCCAGCUGCCCAACUAAGCAGCAUGUUCCUCCCUCUGCAGUGCCCACUGUUUAGUGUCGGACCAUAAGCCACUAACAUGUUACUGUUCACUCUGUGGGUGGGAUGGGUGGAAAAUAGAGACCAUCCUGCAUGAGGAUUGGAACAAAUGUGGCAACUGAGCUAGGAAGCAAAUUAGGUGAAAGGUUGGGGGAGCAGAUAGGAGAAGCAGGGCACUGGCAGUGGGACGGGCUGAGGCUGACUAAGCCUUGGAUUACUGCAGGUAAGGUGUAUGAUCCAGCUCCUGUGUGGUGAAAAGAGAGCUUGGCUGAGUGACUCUGGCCCAUGGGCUAUUACUAUCAACACACAGAUGCUGCAUUGUUCCCAGGAGGCCCUUGGCUCAGGAGGAAAGUGCCUAAGUGCUGAAGAGCUGAAAAACCACAGAUGUACCUAAGGACUGGUCCAAGUGAGGAACAGGGAGUGAAAGGCUCAGUUGUUCUUUCUGUGGGGAAAACUCCACAGCCCCUGGGCGGGAGUCAGCUGCUGGCAACCACACUGUGAAAGCCCCAGUGUAAGGCGUGCCCUUCAGCAACGAGACCAAGGUAUUCUGUGGAGGUCACACAGUCCAACCCAGGGCUGCAGAAAACCACCCAAACAGCUUCUCGCUUGAGGCUGAAAAAUAUUCCUAAGAUAGGCACAUCCCAGAAGGCUCCUUUUGAUCCUGUAAACGAGAGCUCUUGACAUUUACGGUUAGGAAAUUCUUCCUGAUAUCCAGCUGAGGUCCUCUGGCCAUGCAAGCUAUUUCUUCUUGCCCACGCUUUGUGGAAAUUCUUAACAGCUUCCAGAUGCCCUCCUCAAACCAUGCCUUUAACCACUUGCUGGCUGCACUGAAGCCCCUUUAUCUAGCCAUCUUUCCCCCAUACUCACAAUCUAACUCUCAUCAUUUGGUUUUUAUCAUUUGAUUUACUUCAUUGUUUUUCUCGCCUCAUUCUUUCCCAACUUUUCCUCUUUCUUGCUUAAAAUAGUUGGAACCCAAACUAUAGUAGGACCCAUGAGCUACAUUUUGUUUAAUAUUGUGCUAAUUUUUCAAUUAUUUUUCUUGAAGUGUUCCCCUCAAAAACCACAUGGGUCUUAACAUCUUUACAAUGCAUUUUUCUACUUGCUGACAUUCAAUAACAAUUGUUAUUUUAUAUACUUAUUUGUAUGUGUAUAAUAUUGAAGUGAAUCCUUCCUUCUCAUCUUGUGGUUCUUCAUAACUGCCAGUUACUUUUGCCGGUCUUCUUCAUAGGCAGUCCUGUUCUUUGUAGCUCCGGGGGUCUCAUAACCAAAGAAUGGGACUUCAGAAACAAGAAAUUUGUAAAGAUUCACCCAUCUAUUAAAGAUCAGAUCUUUAGAAGGG